UAAGAAUUAAGUAUACUGUCAAAAAGUGUGACGCACGAAACUUACGAAAUAAUAUUACGACAGAUUGCCAUUUAAAGUAUAUAAAUACAGUCGAUAAAGUAUAUAUUCAGUUUUUAUAACUUUAUAUCUGUUGGACUACUAAGGAAUAUACUUUAUUCAGGAAAAAAACAAGGUUGAAACAAUAGAAAAUGGAUAUGCUAGUAAAUGACAAAUCAAUUUUGUUGAAUGCAGUUUCAAAACAUUUGUAUACAGAAAAUCAGUUACAAACUGUGAAGAGGAAAAAUAAAAGAACAAAAUACGAACCAUACAGUACAAGACGCCCAACAUUAAAACUUUUCAAUCAACAAUUGAACAAUACGCUACAGUCAAUAUAUACACAGGUAGAAACAUCUGCACGGCAGUUUAUAAAAUACGUUCCACUAAGGAUCGCACUGCAAGAAAAAGAUACAAGAACGUCUACAAUAUAUGUAUCACACACAACUGCUAUACAAGGAGACAAUCAAAAUUCACCGAAGUCGAUAGGAAAACAAGUUUUUCGAAGAUCUCCUGGGUCGCAAGAUGAACUACAAAUGGGAUCGCGAAGUGUUUGUGUUGCCCAAGAAAUUGUACCACUCAACGCUGAAACAGGGGAAACUGCAUUAGAAUAUAGCAGAAUACAUCUUUUAAGAUGUUUACAUGAGAUUAAAAAACUCGAGAUAUCUUUAUUGAGUAAAGAAUCAAAAAUUUACAAAUUAAAAAACUUUUCUCAAACAAAUUCAAAAGAACAACAGAAUUGCAUCAAAAUGACUGAAUUCGAAAAGAAAAUGUCCAAUUUAGAGAUUGUUUUGCGGUCUGCUCAGAAAAAUUAUCAGACAAGGCGACCACUUGAUGAAAAAAAGAAGAAAAUAGUUCAUUUUAAAAACUGUCUAUGUACCUGUGACUUCUCAUCUGAAGAAAAACAAGUUUACAAAGAAAUUUCUUUCUGUGAUCAUCAAUCGGAAAUUCAUGUCGAAGGAAUGUGUCAUAAUCAUAUCAUAUGCGGCGACAUUUGCCAUAACAUGUCUGGACAUGACCAUUGGAUCAUGGGAAAUCAACUAAUAUCUCUUGAUGGCAUAAGAGUUUCUUCGCAAAUAUACUUGAAUGGAUUCUCCUCAGAUUUAACAAUACAAGCCAAUGGUGUUUCAAGUAAAACUAAAAUAUACCUCAAGGGUAUAUUUCUAUGGCCAAACAUUAAACUAGAAGGCAGCGGUGUACAGGUGAAAAUAUUUAUUGAUGGAAUAUUUUAUAAACCCAAUAUCAUUCUAACUGGAAUUGGCUGUAGAGUAGACAUUGAAGUUAAAGGGAUAUUUGAAAAACCUUCUAUAGACAAUAAGGGACUUCAUUGUUCUUCCAAAAUUAAAGUUACAGGAAUAUUAAAAAUGUGAAAAAAGCGA